AUGUCUACCACCGAGAGACCUCUUGACGAGAGUACCGCAACUCUCGUCUCUCCAGACGACCAUCUUCAUGCGAAGAACCUCCUCAAUAUGCCGUCAAAAGCUUCUACCGGCGUGAGCUCCGGCACCGUGAGCACCGAAGAGCCUUCUACGCCAGAACCUCCUGCUGCCGAGCUCACAGCCCCGGUCUCUAUCAAGUGCGGCUGGCCGAAUGCCGCAGAGGGUGGAGAGGGACAGCCUCCCGUGCCGGAAGUCAAGACGUUGGCAACCGAGGGCCCCGAAGGACAGCCGCCAUGGGGAAGCAAGGGCCUCGCGGCUGCCCUACAGAAGGCACAGGGAGCUCCGGCUGACGCCAACUCUGGAUGGCCUCAUCUUGACAAAGAACAGCCAAAGACAAAAGACGCAAAUUCUGGAUGGCCGCACUUUGACAAGGAACAGCCAGAGACAAAGGAUGCCAACUCUGGAUGGCCACACUUUGACAAGGAACAAUCAGAGACAAAGGAUGCCAACUCUGGAUGGCCGCACUUUGACAAGGAACAGCUAGAGACAAAAGAUGCAAACUCUAAAUGGCCUGGCGAUUCUAACAAUCCGGACGAUCCCAAGCAUCAGACAGGCCACGGAACCCACAGCUCUGGCAGUGACGCCGCUUCCAAGGAUGCAUCUGGCACCGUCACUGUGCAGUGCGGCUGGCCCAACGGCACAACCAAGCCGCCGCCUACUGUCCCUGGAAGAAGCGAUCCCGGCAGCUUCGGUCCCCGGGGCCAGCCUCCGUGGGGUACCCAGAAAGUAGCUACUGCGAGCCCCGAGGGACAGCCUCCGUGGGGCAUCAGCAACCUUGCCGCCGCCAAUGCCUCGCAGCCCACCGAGGGUCCCGAGGGCCAGCCGCCCUGGGGCAGUAAGGGCCUCGCGGUCGCACACCCUGAGAAGCCCACCGACGCCUAG